AUAGUAAACGAAUAAAACGGUAGAAUAUUAAACUUUUAUUAUUUGAUAAUUUAAAAUUUCAUGUUUUUAGAAUAUUCAGUUAAAUAUUUAACUUAAUACCAAAAAUUGUUUUUUUGGUAUAAAUUUGUAUUUGUUUGUUGAGAAUAAAUUAUUAAAAACAUUAAUAAUGUCAAUGGGAGAUAGAGUUACAAAUAUGUGGAAAAGGCCAAGUGAUGAAGGUGAAAAUAAAGAUGAAGUUCCUUGGCAUUUACGUUAUGGAAGUAGAUCAUUAGGAACAUUUGGAGGAAUUGUGAAUCUACUAACUGGGUUAUGGAAUGCAAUUGGAAUAAUAUUUUUAAAUACAAAUUGCCUAUUCGGUGGAAUAUUGCAACUAGUGUUGGGAUUUUUAAUGAUUGCUUUAGAAGCACCAUGCCUUUGUGUAUUUGUUGAUUACAUGCAACAAGUUAGUGAAGUAGCAGAACAAAAACCAUAUUGGACUAAAGCUAUUUUCUAUGUUGUAGCAUCCAUAGUUCCAUUGUUAAUAUGUUUUGGGCCUAGUACAUUCAUAGCCAGUGCAUUAGUAUUUGGCACAGGUUUGCUGUAUGGUUUGAUGUCAAUUGGAAAAAAAGCUCCAGCUGAUCAAAUGAAAUCUACUGCAGCUACACUAGAACCUUAAAAUGUUGAUAUACUAGAUUACUACUCUUAUAUAGUCUUAAGUACAAAACUUCGUCAAUGUAAUUUAAUGGUUUGGUUCCUGAAGACAAGUUGGUUAUUAUUGUAAAAAAAAUACAUUCCAGUUUAUUUAGGUAUUCAAUAAAAUAUCAAAUUUCAUUAAGAGAUUAUUUUUAAAUAUUCUUCAUUAGUAACACUUUCAUAACAAUCUGGCAGAUUCUACUUAUUUCAAAACAUGAAAGUUGUAUCUCAGUAUAAAAGCCCUUCAAUACAUGUGUAACUUUAAAAUUUCCUUCAUGUUAA